AUGGCCGCAAUCGCGGUGGUGAGUUGGUACUCGCGAGAUGGAUCGGAAGUGAGCAUUGGCUCGAAGAGCUUCAUCGAGUCGAUCGUGCUGGGCGAACUGGCCGAAGGCGUGCUGUUGGAUGCGGGGAUCGAGGCCGAGCACGAUCGUCAGUCGAUGCAGGCUCAGUUGUCCUGGCAGGCUGCGAACAACGGCGAGAUCGAUUUGUACGCCGAAUACACCGGCACGCUGAUGCGCGAGCUGCUGGCCGAGGAGAACUUGCAGACUCUGGAUGAACUUCGCGACGAGCUGGCCAAACGUGGGCUGAAGAUUACGGCCCCCUUGGGCUUUCGGAAUAACUACGGUCUGGGGAUGCAGGAAGAGACAGCCCAGCGGUUGGGGAUCGAAAGUAUUUCGGAUCUGGCCGAUCACCCGGAACUGAAAUUUCGUUUCAGCGACCCCUUUAUGGCGCGAGAAGAUUGCUGGCCUUCGCUGCAAGAGAAUUAUCAUCUGCCGCAAAGAGAUGUGCGGGGGAUGAAUCACGACUUGGCUUAUGUGGCGCUGGUGAACGGGGCUUGCGAUGUGAUCGAUAUUUAUACCACCGACGCGGAAAUCGAGCACUUCAAUCUGCGGGUGUUGAGAGACGACCUGCAGCAUUUUCCUGCUUACGAAGCAGUGGUGCUUUACCGAAGUGAUUUGGUGGAUCGGCAUCCGGAAGUUGAGCAGGCGUUGUCGCGGCUUGAGGGGGUGAUUGACGAGCAGGAGAUGAUGGCGCUCAACGCCCAGGUGAAGUAUGGGAAACAGCAAGCGCCAGAAGUGGCCUCCGCGUACCUUGCCGAUGAUCUGGGUAUUAACAUCGAGACCAACUUGGAAACCUGGCAACAACGGUUGCUGAGAAACACGCUUGAGCAUCUGCGGCUAGUAACUGUAUCGCUCACAGCGGCGAUUAUUGUGGCGUUGCCGCUGGGUGUGAUUGCCGCGGGCAAGCGACGAGUGGGCCAAGUGAUUCUGGCGGUGGUGGGUGUGGUGCAAACGAUUCCUUCGCUGGCGUUGUUGGCCUUCAUGGUGCCGUUGUUGGGCGUGGGGGUGAGGCCGGCGAUGAUGGCUUUGUUUCUUUACAGCCUGCUGCCCAUUGUGCGGAACACUCACGCGGGCCUGCAUGAUAUCCCGUCGCAGAUUCGCGACUCGGCUUACGCUUUGGGCUUGCCAGCGAGUGCCCGACUGUUUCGGGUGGAACUGCCGAUGGCUUCGCGUUCGAUCAUGGCGGGGAUCAAAACGUCGGCCGUGAUUAAUGUUGGCACCGCGGCACUCGGCGGGUUGAUUGCCGCCGGGGGUUUCGGUCAGCCGAUCAUGACGGGGCUUAGCCGGCUCGACAUGCAGAUGGUUGUGUGGCAGGGUGCGGUGCCGGCUUCGAUCCUGGCCCUGGUGGUGCAAGGCGUGUUCGAAUUGGCAGAACGAUUGAUUGUGCCCAAGGGGCUAAGGAAGGGGCAGAUUGUGAUGCGAGUUCUUGGAUGUUUGUGUUUGUUGGUAGCCUUGUUCACGGGUGAUGUGCAGGCCGAUGAAGAGCAGUUCAGUCCGGAGGCUCGCAAGCGAAUCGCGGAGCUGCAGCGAGAGAUCACGCUACUGAAGGCGGAGAACAAACGUCUGAAAGAUGCCCUGGGAGAGAGCGAGGAUGCUCGGGCAGACAAAGGGGUUCAGCCAGGGCAAGUCCAGCAUUCGAUUGUGACCAUUUUUCGCGACAUGCCCGCCGAUUUGCAGCCGGGAAAGGCAUGGGACAAGGUAAGACUGCCCAAGGUUUACAAGUGGUUGGAGACCGAAUUGACCGGAGUUCCCUUCGAAAGCGUGAUGCUUGUUUCGAAAAUCAAAGUGGGUCGCAAUCGUAACAGUAAGAAUCCCAGCGAUGCCUGGCGGGCGGCGAUUUACUUCCGGCCAUUGGAGCUUGGUUACGAAGGUAAACUCUUCGCUCAAUACAUCGGCGAGAAAUUUCCUCAUCCACUAAUCCUCGACGGCGACGCCGCGUUCGCGAAAGAGAUGCAAGCCAUCCCUGUCGGUAAGAAGCUCACCGUGACUGGGAAGAUUAGUCAGGUACAACUGAUGCCGACGACCUUCGAGGGGUUUUGGAAAGUGAAUAUCUUACUGCAGGAUUACGGGGUGGGGUUUUAG